AUGCUCCCAAUUCUCUUUUCUCCCGUCCUUCUCCUCUCCUUUGGAGCCUUUUCCAGUGUCCAAGCUGCCUGCGUCGGACCCGAGGUCAAUGAGGCCACCAUCAACCUAAUUGAGAGCUUUGAAGGCUUUGAAGCCGAUGUUUACAUUGACGCUACCGGCAACCCCACCGUUGGAUAUGGCCACCUUUGCACACAGUCCAACUGUGCCGAGGUCCCUUAUGACAUCCCACUAUCGGAUGCCGAUGCCGAGCAGCUACUUCGUGAUGACAUUGAGGUCGCUCAACAAUGCAUCGCCUUGGAUACGACCUCCCAGGCAGUCCUCAAUGCGAACCAGUAUGGCGCCCUUGUCAGCUGGGCAUUCAACAUUGGAUGUGGAGCUUCAGGAUCCUCCACUCUGAUCAGCCGCCUUAACAAUGGAGAGGAUCCUAAUACAGUCGCCGAGGAGGAGCUUCCUCGAUGGAACAAGGGAAAUGGACAGGUCAUUGAUGGCCUUACCAGGCGUCGCGCCGCGGAGGUGGACUUGUUCCAGACCGCCACAAGUGUUGCUGCUCUCCCUAUUGGCUGUUGA